CAGUAGACAUAUUACUACUGCUACUACUGCUGUGUAAGCAACCCUACUGCAAGCCUGCUCCUUUGCCACUCCCACUGUCACUUCAACUACUACCACUGCCAAGCUAUGCUCGCUCGUAGCUAGGAGCUGUUUACAUUUCUGGGGGAGAUUUUCCGAUUGUUUACGGACGAAACACCGCUUUUUACAGCCCUAAUACCAGACAUUGGUUGGAUCUUAGUAUGGUUACAAGCAGCAAGUUUUAGAUUCCUAUUAAAACACCAAGGUGGACUAGCCAAAUGAAAAUGGAGAAACUUAAGCGAAGCUUAAGCUUCCGCAAGAAAAAAGAUCAUGUCCCCGAGUGUUCUAAACCUCAUCAAUGGCUUGAGGACGAACGUAAAGUUCGGGAAGGGACAUGUAGUUUUCAAGUGAAGUAUUUGGGCUGUAUAGAAGUUUAUGAAUCGCGAGGUAUGCAGGUCUGUGAGGAAGCAGUAAAAUCUUUGAAAUAUCAAUGUAAAGGCAAAUAUCAACGGGCAAUAUUAUACGUAUCAGGGGACGCUCUUCGAGUUGUAGAUGAAAUAAGCAAGAGCAUGAUUGUUGACCAAACUAUAGAGAAGGUUUCUUUUUGCGCUCCUGAUCGAAAUCACGAUAAAGGUUUUGCUUACAUCUGCCGAGAUGGUACGACGAGGCGGUGGAUAUGCCAUGGUUUCAUGGCUAUCAAAGAAUCAGUAAGUGAAAAAUCAGACUUGAUUGCACGUUUUUUUCGUUUGAAGACACAAGGACGCCAUGGUAAGAAUGAUGGAUGCAUUGUAAAGGGUGAACGCUUAAGCCACGCGGUUGGCUGUGCAUUUGCUAUUUGCUUGGAACGUAAACAAAAGCGAGACAAGGAGUCUGGUGUGAACGUUACCUACAAUCAAGACCGUACUAUCUUCACACGCACCGGCUCCUUCCGACAAGCUUCCAUUACCGAGAGAAUCGCUGACCCACAGAGUGCUAUCCUAGCAGGUAACACACUAAACGAACCUAUUCCAGUGAAGAAGGUCGACAACCCUUAUGCAGUUCAGAGACCACACGCCACACACUCCUUGCUCCAAAGACAAGGAUCUUUCAGGGGAUUCGAGAAAUUACAUGAAACUUCAUCUCCUUUCAAACGGUCAGUCUCUCUAAGAUUGAACGAACUCCCGUCAACCUUAAGAAGACAGAACGCUGUUCUCGAAUCUCCACCCAAUGCAGGCGUGAGUAGUCCUAUACCCGAGCUGUCCCCUUCUGACGAGAACCCGGAUUCAGUCGCCCAGAUGUGUCAGCAAUUAUCCAUGGGGCUCCGCGCCCUUAGCACAGACGAUCCUUUUGCCAGUGUCCCUCACAGUACGCUCCAGUCCCUCCACUGCCCCUCCUCCGGUGUCAUCAACACUGGAGCUUCAUUCCAACAGAGCCCCACACAUAUCUUCAGUAACCCUGGCAACCAAUCAGCGAACGCUUCCUCACAAGUGAAUCCCCAUAAAGGAAGUGAUUUGAAGGCUGCCGACGUCACCAACCCAUGGGCAACAACUAACAACUGGUCCGCACCAUCGUCGUCUGCCCCGUCUUCUGCAUCCACGAACCCAUUCCUUGCAAACCCCGCUGUGAAUGGCGUGCCUUUUGCCAACGACAGGCUACCGACCGGCGCCGCCCACCUUUCCCGCGCCCCGCAACUGACCCAUUUGCGCAGCCAUUCCAUAGACACGUGUGAACUACUGACCAACGGCCGACAGGCGAACCGCAAGCCGACCCUGCACGAGUUGGCCAACCAGCAGCGAAGCUUUCAGCACAGCAAUAACAACAACAAUAACAACAACAACAACAACGGCUGGGGGCCGAGCGUGGAUGCUGCCAGCAAUAAAACGUUAAGGGCAGCCGUCGGCGUCGGCGGGAGCGGCGGGAGCGGCGGUGGCGCGCCGACGACGCAGAUGCCUCCAUCCUCCAGCAAAGCUACUGCUGCCGCUGCCGCUGCCCCUACUGCUACCUCGGUGAGCAGCAGCAGCAACAGCAACAGCAGCAGCAGGCUGACAGCACUGUCCUCAUCCAACAGAAGCUCACACAACUCCUCGCCACACAUAGAUCCGUUCGACGUGGCGUGGGCCGCGAAAGCAGCCAGCCUCCAGGCUAACAACCCUUUCCAAGGCCCUCACCAGCUCUCAGCGCAGGCUGACAAAGAAAAGACUUUCCAAGUACAAUUAUAGAUAGAUAGUUGAUUUAUUUACCUUUCCCCCCACCCUCCCCACAAUCCCCUUCCCCACUUCUUACCCUCUUUUAUUUUUUAUUUCAAUUUUUUUUUUUUUUUUGAAAUUGUCUUUUUCCUCAGAAUUUCUAU